UGUUGUUGUUUUUUUUGUUUUUGUUUUUCAUUUCAGGUUCAAUCAAGCUGAACUCGCAUUCCUUGUAGAGUAUGCCACUGUCAUGAGCCCAGUCGCCCAGGCAACCAACAUCCUGCAAGCCGAGGCAAAUGCACAGAUGGGUUGGCUACUUCCAACCGUCAACCUGCUGAACGCCAAACUUGACAGAAUCAAGUUGCCACUGAAAUACUGCAAGCCUUUAGUGGAUGCUCUACAGGUGGGAAUUAAGAAUCGGUUUGGCCACAUGUCUGUAGACCCGGAGAUGAUAGCAGCUGCAAUUCUUCUGCCAAAGUUCAGAACAACUUGGACAAAGGAUGAUGCCACAAUCAAAAUGGGAAUGGACUACAUCAAGCAGCACAUGGAACAACCCUCCCUGCAGCUAGGUGAUGCCACCAGGUCCAGUUCAUCUGAUGAAGAUGAUUUCUUCUCUGCUCUGCAGUCUUCUCAAGCCCAAGACAGCACCAAACAACUGGAUGGAUAUUUGGCCUGUUCAGCAGAUCAAAUGAACUUGCUGAAAUCCUUCCCAGCUGUGCUCAAGUUGUCUGUGAAGCUGAACACACCUCUACCUGCCUCAGCAGCCUGUGAAAGGCUAUUUAGCAUCGCAGGCCUAGUCUUCAGCCCAAGAAGAGCGAGACUGAAUUCUCAAAAUUUUGAGAAUCAACUUCUUUUGAAGAUGAACAGGAAUUUUUUUAGUUUUAAGUAA